AUGAGAUCACGAGGUCUAUCAGCUGCCUCUGCAGCUGUACUCUGCUUCGUCGACUUGGCAGGAACCAGCGCAAUCCCAUCUACGACUCCGGUGCCGAUUCUUAUUACUGCGAAUGGCCAAGCAAUCGUGAACAACAUCGCAGUCCUCGUCGGCAAUACAAACACCAGUCUCACUCCAAUUACAUCCAGCACCGAGGGCGUCGAGUUAUCAUGGCAACCAUUGAAGAACCAUGUGAUUAAGAUUGAGGUGGAAACCAAUUACACUUUUGUUGGAGCCCAGUUCACUAUUCCGGAGGAAGACAAAUUUUUCGGGGUAUGGGAGUAUCCGUUCAAUGGCCAGCUUGAUAAUUCGAAUGCGUCAUUUGAAGACAUUGGUGUUGGCAAUGAGGAUGGCAUCAAUUGGUCAAAUGCCAGAGCGCCAUUCUUUAUCACCACUGCUGGUUACGGCGUGUAUACGGACACUCUUUCAAUCGGAUCUUACGACUUCAGUUCUCCGAAUAUGGCACGAUUUGUUUUCAACUCCAGCAGUUUAGUCUACUACAUCAUUCUACCAAAGACGGAGGGUGACUUUAAGUCCAUCAUCAAGGAAUACACAGCUCUAAGUGCGAGAAUCGAGAUGCCACCAGAUUCCGCUUAUGGACCGAAUUUCUGGUCAGACGAUUUCGAGCAGGAUUUUCAUGGAAAUGCCACCAAUGCGCAGGAGAACUACUUCGAUGUUAUUGAUCAUCUAGCUGCCAACCAGAUUCGAGCUACCAGCAUGUUUGCGGAUAGACCAUAUGGAACAGGAAACUCUUCUUUCGGCAACUUCGACUUUGAUCCACAGUUCUAUCCCACGCCCAAGAAGUUCAUUUCGGAUCUCUCUGCAGCAGGGUUUGAUUUCCAGGUCUGGGUAGCUAACCGGGGCUUCCUCAACACGGAACUUUACAAUGCAUCCGUUGCAAAUGACUGGCUCUUCCCGGGCAUCUCGCCAAUCCAGUUUCUAGGCCCUGCGCUCAAUCUCUCAAUUCCAGCUGCUUACGAUUAUUUCAAAUUGCAUCUAAAGAACUUUACAGAUCUCGGAGUGAAGGGAUUCAAGAUCGACAGGGGUGAGGAGGGAGAGCUGCCAGACUAUGAACAGAAUCUCCAAAAUACACUCUUCGAACAGUUAUGCCAUGAAGUCAUGGUUGAAGCUUGGGGAUUAGGAAAUUACUACUCUUUUGCUCGAUCGGCGGUUGAUCGUGCACGAUCUUUGACUGGAGUCUGGAACGGAGAUUCGCACUCCAACUUCACUGGCUUGCAAUACACUGUUACAUCAGGUAUCCGAGCAGGACUGUUAGGCUUCAGUAUGUGGGGAAGUGAUACUGGUGGCUAUGUUCGAGACACAAAUUCACCAACAGAAGAGCUGUGGGCAAGGUGGAUGUGGUUCAGUGCUUUCAGUCCCGUGUUUGAGAUCAUGGUUGGCACUGGACACACACCUUGGUACGCUCCUUAUACUUCGAGAUUGGUGUCUAUCUUAAAGACUACGGCAAAUUUGCAUGUCGCAUUGGUGCCGUAUAUCAGAACUUACACCUACAAAGCGACACAGACAGGACUUCCCGUCAUCAGAGCCUUGUGGCUGGAGUAUCCGGACGAGAUGGAGACCGUGAGAGAUAUCAAGGAUCAGUAUAUAUUUGGAGAGGAGUUCUUGGUCGCUCCAAUCGUCAACGGUGGAAACUCAAGGUCUGUAUACUUUCCUGGAGAGAAGAAGUGGCUCAACUACCUCUCUCGAACGUCAACCCCACAAGUCUACCAAGGUGGAAAGACGAUUUCCAACAUCACCGCAACAAUCGAAGACAUGCCCGUAUAUGUCAAAGAAGGAGCCAUCAUCCCAACAGGCGAUCUUCAUCAAAAUAACGCGAAAUGGGAUAAAGAUUGGCAGCCUGUUUUAAACUUCGAGCUAUUCCCUAGCUUCGAUGUUGAUAAUUCAACAUUCAGCUACUUCAGCAAAGAGACAAACAAGACGGUCAUAAUCCAGAUGACCGUGGACAGCGACGAAGGGAGUGGGAACGUGACAAUCACGAGUGGGGACUUUGGGGGUCUGGAAAAAGCUUGGAAUGUGACGAGCAUUGGUCAACUCUGGGUUUAUGUUGCCGGUACUAUACAAAAGCUUGCUAUACCUGUAAGUGGUGGAAUAUCGGGUGUGACUAUGGAGAAGAGUAUUUGGGACUGA